CCUUCGUGGGGCGGUUCCGCCCCAGUAGGCCCCGUCCCCCCGCUUCGGUGGGCGAGAGACACGGCGAGCAGUCUCCCAACCUGCCCUCACCGUGCGUGCGGCGUCAGGCACGCCGCUUUGCGUCACGGCGCCGCCGCCGCCAGCUGACUGCUCACCCCCGGAAGUGAUGCGGGGAGGGGUGGCAGUCUCGCAGGGAGCCGCGGAGCAUUUCAUGUGGAAUCCAGGAAGCCUGAAGGAGGCUGUGAAGCAAGUGGAAUGAUUCCCCAUGUAACUGAAACUAUGUCAGUUGACUACCGCUAAUGGCAUGGUGAGAUGUGUUGAAGAGGAGCUGCGAGGGUGUCCGACGGUAAGGGGACUUCUUUAGAAGCUGGGCUUGCAACAUCAUGGGCCAGUGUGUCACGAAGUGCAAGAAUCCUUCUUCUACCCUUGGCAGCAAAAAUGGGGAAAGGGAAUCUGGCAGCAAAUCACACAGUAAAAGAAGUGCAGUCCACAAAGAUGACCAUGGUUCAGCUUGUGGGAAGUCUCCGGGAGAUAUACUUGUGAAUGGGACAAAGAAAGCGGAUGCUGCUGUGGAGUCCAAUCAGCCUUCAACGUUUUCUGGAGAGAUAAAGAAAGACCCUGUUACCAGUGCAGAAGAAUCUUCACUCCAAAGGAUUGGGGAGCUAUUUAGGAGAUAUAAGGAUGAACGGGAAGACGCCAUACUGGAAGAAGGAAUGGAACGAUUUUGCAAUGACCUCUGUGUUGAUCCCACUGAAUUUAAAGUGCUAGUUUUGGCUUGGAAAUUCCAGGCUGCUACCAUGUGCAAAUUUACAAGGAAGGAGUUUUUUGAAGGCUGCAAAGCAAUAAACGCAGACAGCAUUGAUGGCAUUUGUGCAAGGUUCCCCAGCCUCUUAAAUGAAGCCAAGCAGGAAGAUAAAUUCAAGGAUCUCUAUCGUUUCACCUUCCAGUUUGGCCUGGACUCUGAAGAAGGACAGAGGUCGCUACAUCGGGAAAUAGCCAUUGCCCUUUGGAAAUUAGUUUUCACCCAAAACAAGCCCCCUAUUUUGGACCAAUGGUUACACUUCCUAGUCGAGAACCCCUCAGGAAUCAAGGGAAUCUCCCGGGACACGUGGAACAUGUUUCUAAAUUUUACUCAGGUGAUUGGACCGGACCUUAGCAACUACAGUGAAGAUGAGGCCUGGCCGAGUCUCUUUGAUACCUUUGUGGAGUGGGAAAUGGAGCGAAGGAAAAAGGAAGAGGAAACCAAAUGUAUUCUGUCUUCGGACACAGAGGCGGAACAGACUUAGCAGCAUCGAAGCAGCAGUGAUGGAAGCAACCUGUUGCCCUUCAUGAAAUGUAAACUCUGGAUGUUUCUGGAAAUUACCAAGGCUCCAGAUUUUUCUACUUUACACCUUUUUCUGCCUUGUCUUUGAAAGGGCUCUAAAAUGCUGUAUUAUGUUUUAGGCACUUUCUUAAUUUUGGUUAUUCCUUUUACUCUUGCCCUGAAAUAUUUGACCCUGGCUCCAAGUUAAGCAUUUUGGGGUUGUUUUUGUUUUGUUUUUUUAAGACUUCAGAUUAGUAUAAGUAAAUCUGAUAUUUCUUGCACAAUGUAGAUCUUUUUCGUUAGGGUAAAUUAACAUUGCUAAAUUAUACAGUGCCAGAUUUAAGUUUUUCAUACCACAUCCGUCAGGGCAGGUCUGUACUGUGUGUAGUGCUGUUUACAUUGUUGACGUUUUAGGCUGUAAUAAUUCUAAGGUUUUCUACCAAGAUGAACAGCAGUGUUAACUACAAAUGCAUUGAUCCCCUGGUAUAAGGUUCCAAACAACCAACAAAACCAACAGCCUUUUGUAAUACGGCUAAUUCCCAUUUGAGCUCUUAGUGAAUGAGUCCAGAUCAUUCCUUUUGUUUUGGAGUUUCAGACUAAAUGUUGGGAUUGUUUUAUCUAAUUACUGUACCUGUCAGUCAACUGAGUGGUAGAUGACGAUUUGUACCUAAAUCUCUUACACACCACAUAAUAAAAGAGCAGUACUACCUCAGUUUUAUUGAAAGUGGACUUCUUGAUGGACUUCCAUUUUUCUCUGGAAGUUGUAUUUUUGUGGUUACAUGAGACUAUUUUUACUUGACUAAAAGAACCAAAGGUUCUGCUUCUUAAGUUUGCUACACAUUGGCAGAAGCAACACACAAACCCUAAGUCUUCAAGGAAAACUGUGGUAUAAUUCUGCUUUAAUUUGUUUGAUUUAUACCUAAAGUAUUACCUUACUUGUCUGGCAAGCACAGUACUUCUAUGUAAGGAACUAUCUUUUGCAUUAAUAUUGACGAACCGAUUUUUUAAAGCCUCUGUUUAAUUGCUAAGGCGCAGUUAAUACUGCACAUUUCCUGGAGCAACAAUAUCGGCAUCUGAUGACAAAGUGAAUUCUUAAUGUGUUCUUAAUGACAACAGUGUAGACUGUUUUGAUAAUUAGACUGAUUUGAUAAUCUUUGGAUAGGAGUCAAUAUAUUAUUUUACAAUGCCUGUAUUGGGACUGUUUGCCUGUUGAAACUUGUGACUUAAAGGGAGUUUUAUUAACACUGGUUGAAACUUUUUUGGUUAUUGAUGCUACCUUUUUUAAUUUUAGUAUGUCAACUUUUUUACACCUUUUGGUAAAAGGGAUGGUUGCCAAGGCUUUCUGCAGAGCUACGUGCUGGCUUAACGAAUUUGAUACAUUUCCAUUACACACCUUUUGUUCUCAGAGCUGCAUUUUCAGGAUCAUAGAAUGGCUUCAGUGAAAAAAACAAACCAAAACCAAAGCCUGGACAGUCAUCCAUAGCAUCUAAUGGCUUUUGUGAUACCAGGGUUUUAAAGGGAACCAGAUUUUAGGUGAUGAGCGGUGUCACUGGCUCCAGGGUGGCAUGCUUUGCACAUCUGCUAUGCCCCAGAGGGGGUAGCAGAGAGAGGAUGAUCCGCAUGAAUUCUGUCACUGGCUUUGCUGGUGUGCAGCCUAUGCAAUAGCUUGGGUCUGAGAUCAUGAAUCACUAACAAAAUGUGGGUAUUGAAAACUUAAAAACCAAACCCACAAGCCACAGAUAGCAUCUCUUUCAUCUAAUAAAAGGAGAGUUUGGUCCAUGCUGCUUCUGCAAGCUCUUGCUGGGACAUGCAUUAAGCUGUAGAAAACAAAUGUUGUUCUAGGUGCAGCUGAGUCUGUCCCUUUGCAGGAGGGGAGCCCCGAACUUGCUGUGUUACAGGUAAAUCCACCCAAAGGUUUGUCCUUGCUACUAUUACCUUACAAGCUACCAUGGCCUAAGCACAGUCUGGCAGCAAAACCUUAUUCCAAGUUGGUGAACAAAGCAGGCCAAAGCACUUGUGCUGCUAUAAUUGAAUUUAUGGUGAGACUUUUGCUGGUGCUGUUGUUUAAAAAAAGAAAAGCUCCCCAACAGAGGCUGCUUUGUUAGUGCAAGUUCCAUAUGGAGCCUGAUUUAGUAAAUGAAAACUGUAUUUGUAAGUUUGAGACUUCUCAUUCAGCUAUUAAAUGCUUUGUUCAUCUCUAUUUUUUAACUCUAAAGGUAAUUUAAAAUGUCCAGAGUGUGAAAACUGAGUAUUCAGAUGAAUAGGCAGUGCAUGCACGCACACACACCAAAUCAUGGCAGCAGCUGCUACUGAGUCAUGUGCUAAACUGCAGCAGCUCCAGAGAAUGAGGGAUGGAGUGCUUUAAGGCUGGCACUUAGCUUGUGGCUUGAAUGUGGAGAGCAGUGAGGAAAUCAAUCUGAAGCACAUCAAGGCUGAGCCAUUUUAGUAUAACAAACAUAAAACAGCUUCUUAAAGAUGGUGGUGGUGAAUAUAGAGGAAGGGAAAAUCUUAUUUUCUCUUAGGGAAAAGACAUGAUUCUCAGUGACUUAAGGCCCAUGUAUGUGGGGCCAGCCUUGCUCUUGUUCUGCUUUCAGCCUAGCAGGAGCAACUCCACCCGAUGGGUAGAAUACUUGCAAAAAUAGCCACAUGCUCUAGCAAAGUACCAUUUAUUUUUAGCCUAACUUUAAUGUUUUAAUUGCCAUUUACAGAAUGCAAACCAAACCUGUAUCAGUUUUAUAUUCCUGAACCAGGAGCUGAAGAUCCAACUCUUUGGCAGUGCUGACAGUGAGAGAGGGAGUCAGACUUCCCUUCCCUUGGAUUGCCUGGUGAUUGUAUGAUCCUAAACAAGACCAGACCUUACUCUGUAAUGCUGGUGUUCUCGUGUGGGAGUGGGGCUUCUGUAUGUUCUGAGAAGCCUCUAAAGAUAUGCUUGUUUAAUGGUUAAACUGUGAAUAUCUGUGGAACAGGCCAAAUACUUUCACUCUUCAUUUUCUAUACUUUAAAUCCUCAUUGUGUAGGCACAGGACUGUAGUGAGCAGCUGAUGAAAUCCUUGGAACCAUUGCAACUAUUUAACUUUAUUUUAAUUAUAGUAUGUGUUAGGAAACCUUAUGCAUGUAGUGAAUCUGCUGCAACUUGGGAUAAAUAACUAUAGAAUACUAUAGAGUUAGUUAUAGUAAUGUACUGGAAAACUGGUCUGACAUCCACACUCUGUGGCAUCUUACUGCCUUCCCUGAUAUGCAAAGAAAUACAACUCUUGUAAACUUCAGUCCCUAGUAAUAAAACACUGACCACCUGCACCACAUUAUAGUUUGCAGCAUCUUUAGAAUUUGGCUCCCAGAAUGACUGGAGGCUCAGCUGUGCUAAUUUUUACUUGUGAGUAUUGCUGAGGUCAAGGCUAUUGAUUCGAGUAGGAUUUGGAAGAUUCCGCCCAUAGCUGGCCGUAAAACAUGACUGAGGAAAUUGAAUGCUGAAUUGUGAGUUUACUUGCUGCUGGUGCUAUUCUGUAUGGAGAAUUACAGCUUUUUAAUACUGUGCAAUUGUAAUGAAAGAACCACAGGAAAAAUACAUGGAGGUGUGGCACAAAACUGGACACCUGUGGCAGGUGGGUGUGCUGAGCCCUGGCUGGCACAGCAGAUCUGUGCAUGCAUCAGCCUCUGAACCAUGAUGGCUUUUCAGCCAGUCCAUUGAAGAGUAUGAAACAAGUCCACUCUGCUGAUGGGUGACUUGAGGCCGGUUGCACACAGAUGCAGCCCCCCCCUCCCAGGCAGGGUGGCUCUGAGGUAAGGGUUCAGAGCACUGGGGGCAGCAGCAGCUUUGCCUGUGUGACUUCUCUUUCUCUCCUUGCAUGUCUGUCAGAGCCUGAAGAGCCCAUGGAUCCCAGAGCUAGUCUGUCACCCAUGGUUCCCAGGCAUGGCUAUGCAUUGACUGAUGACCUUAGUAUUUUCCUGACACAACACAAGUUAUCCUCCUUACAGUUCUAAUCCUUAUUUCCAAAUAAAGCCCAGCAAAGUUAAAGAAACACCACGUAGUUUAACAGCCACCUCAGUCAUGAUGUAAUUUGUUGGCUGAGACUACAUCAUUCCCAUUCAUCAGAACACAAUAGUCAUUGUGAGUUUCUGGGUCUUGCAGCCUUGUGUUCUGCAGUGUGAUCCUUUUUUAGAAGACCCUUGGUGAAUUGGGUGCCCAAUUCUUCUCUUGAGCUCACUGUGCUCAAAACGUGUGCAUGUGAAUUUAGCCUUUUGUAUUAAAAAGGAAGAUGCUUAACCUGAAACUCAGAUCUCUUCAGGGUAGUGUUUCAAUAUACAGAAAGACAUUACAUGUUUUCUCUAGUAAGUAUUGAAAGCUGAGUGUCUGCUUAAAUCUUGUGUGCAAACAAAACCACCAGUGUUAAGAUUUUCUCUCUGGAAUAUUGGAGAUUGCAGCUUUGGUUUUAUAUUGUCAACUGCAGUGAAAUACAUGAGAUUGUAAGAUGGAAGGCUGUAACUCCUUCAUCAUGAAGUACAUAGGUAUCUCUACCUCUUGUUCUUAGACUUGAAUUGCUUGAGGUUACCAUCCUUCUCUCCCAGGAUUUAAUGCCUGGAUGAGUACUUUAUUUUAAUUGACCCAAAUUAAGUAUUAUCUCUCUGCCAUCCUUUUUGGUAAACUGCUUUUAAUCCAUGUGCUCCCUUUGAAAGGGAGCCAAGUCAAGCUGCAAACAAGUGUUGGUCCUCCUGGGUGCUAGCUUUGGAGUGCCACAGUGACCAACUGGGAGCUACUCUGCAUGUGGCUCAGGGGUUUUCUCAUGCACCCUCUCCCCUGGUCGGGCUGCCUGUACUGACAAUACAUUGAAGAUGGAGCAGCUGCUCCCCAGGAGGGAGCCAUCAGCUUUUUCCUUUGCCCUUGGAAAACUGUAGGAACCCACCUGAUACAGUGCCAUGAGUGUAUUUUAAUUGGAAAUGACUGUGUUUUGUUCCGUGUUGAACUGGACUUGUAACACCCAGCAAAGAGGGGAGCUGCAGGAGGCUGCACGCAUCCUUUUCAUCCCCAAGGUCAGAAUCUUGCUCGGGACAAAACCCAUAUGCAUGAGCAAAGAGGGAGUGUUCUCAAGUGUAUUGGAGGUGCCAGAGUGGCUCUGUUGUGCUCAUUAGUGUGUUCAGGUGGUGUCUCUCUGUCAUGGAACACACUUGUGUUCCUUGUGUUCUUCCCCCAGAGAGAACUACACCAGUUAUGGUCACUGCAGAUCCCAGGCAGAUGCUGUGCUGUAGCAACUGUUGCCACAGGAUUCUUCUUCCAGUCUGGGGGCUGCUUGCAGGAUGUGACCUCUUGCACUAUUUGAACAGGCAUGUAUUUCAAGGGAAUGGGGGUGUCUGAGACACCAGAUAAAAGGAGGCUGAAGGUCCCAGUCCUGCUAACAGCUUGCCUUAAAUCACUGAGGUUAGAGCGGUUCCUCACUACUAUAGCAAUCCUCGGCCUGUCUGUAGUUAGGUUUUAAAAUCCAACAGGUUCUGGAGGUUAUACAGAGUUUUUAAAUUAUUUUUGAGAAGCUUCUAUCUUUGCAUAAUUGCACUCUUGAGAUGAGCCCUUUCUGAAUAGCAUUCACUUCACACGCAGGCGGAGGAACCAUCCAGCUCCAGUGGUCUUGCUGUAAAGUGUUUCUUUUCCUCCCUGUAAAUUAUAUUUGGACUACAGGUUGCCUACUGUUGAACCAGUGUGUUUACUUGAAUGUUGCCAUUGUAUGCAGUUACACCUGCUGAGUCUUGCUCUUCUUCUCUGAGCCCAUAAGAGGGGGAGAUGUGUGACCAGAGGUGGCAAUCCCACACAGAGGUGGAGCUGAGGAGGGCUGGCUGCUGUUUUUGUACUCCCGUAUGUAUUACACAUUAGAGGACUUCACAGAAUAGUGCUUAAUAUUUUGAAGUUGUGACUUUUUAAAUCACACUAAACAUAGUUAUCUUUAAAGUAGGCUUGCUUUCUUAGCUAUGAGUUUGAACGAGUCCUUACUAAGGAGAUGGGCUGGUAGGAAUGGUUGGGGGGCCUCAUGCUGUUAAGUUGUUGAGUAACUUGAAUUCCAAGAGCUGUGGGUGCAAUGGGCAGGAUUAGGUCCUGUCCCUGCACUGUUGGGGUUUGUGCUGGCUGAUCUUGAGGACGUGAAGCAACUGCACAUCAUUGACAGGAUGUGUGGAGGAGAAGGGUCGGCCUAGGGGAACUUGUUGACGCAGCUGGGUUUCUUGGAGUACUCGCUUGUGGAUUCUGCGGCCCCAACUUAGUCUUGACUCACCCUUUAUGGAAGGAAUGCAUUUUGAUAGUGUUUGCUCCCAGAGAAGUAACUAGUUCUAACUAAGGAAAUAGAAUCAAUCUCCCCAUCCCUCAGUAAAGCAGCAAGCGUGGAUAGGAUCAGAUCUGCUGUUCUCUGUUGGGAGUGGGUUUUGCCUUUUCAGACUCACCCAAGAGAUGACUCUGUAUGAUCCAGUUUUCUCGCUCUGGGAAACAAUGAAUGUGUUGCUUGUUGUGGAGCAGACCCGUGCUUCCUCUUUAAGGCAGCAGUAUCAGAGGUGCUGUGUAAAUGUAAUGCUUGAAAAUGGCUGGAGUAAAUUCUGUUUCAUGUAGGGCCUUUUUCUAAAGAGAUGUGGCCAAAUUUGUAAACCAUGAUGUAGAGGAAAAGUGGGAGACGUUCAAGCCGAUGCAUCUCCUGCGUCCCUUUGGGUUUGUAGUUUUACAGUUACUUUUCUUAUGUGAAAUUCUGCUCACCAUUGUUGUCUGGAACAGAAUGGAAACAGCAUCUUCUAGAAUGUGCAAUCUAAGGCACAAUGCAAAUAGGUUGUAAUGAGAAGGUUGUCUUUACUUGAUAGCAAUCCUGAGUGCAAUGUUUUUGUCGUGUCCCUUUUGGAAGAAGAGCAUUAAGUGCAGUCUGAGGUUUUUCUUUUAAGCAAAGCAUUGGUUUGUCCAUUACUGACUUCUUGUGGAAUUUGUGCCAGAUGUAUAUUAAAUAUUUUGGUGCUUUUUCUAAUCCAAGUUGCCAUUCAUUUACCUGUGAGACUAUUGAACUUAUGUAUAUUUAAAUGACCAAUCCCUCAAAGAAAACAAAAUAACCCUUCAGUCACAAUGUA